CCAGUUCAACUGAUUUUCCAUCUGAAUUUAAAAUGAGUCAGAAAGCAGCAAGACCCCUGACAACAUGAGCAGCUCAUCUGGCCCAGGAACUGCUAAGGAGUGCACAGUGCAGUGCUGGGUGAAGCGGCUUCACAGGGGUCAGAGUGUCCUGAAGAUAAGAGCACCGCUGCAGCCAUCAGAAACCUACAGUGAACAACUGAGAGCGGCCACCAGCGCUGGAUCCUGUUACCACUACAAAAGUGGUAAGAGUGGUAAAGCCAAAGAAUUCAGCAUGUGCCAUUCCACAGUCGGUUCUGUUUGAAGCAAAUUGGGAAGUGGAAAAGUUUAGUAAGUGGGUGCCCAUGAGCGGAGUGAAAAUCAAAACCCUUGUAAUUUUGAACUGUUGUCCUUUCUUACUCUACACAACAAUGAACCUGUUCUCUUGUGUUGUGAUGUGUGACAAAAAGUGGAUUAUAUACAACCACCAGUGACUGCUUAGUGACUGGACUGUGAAGAAACAGCAAAACAUGUCCCAGAGCUAAAUUGACAACUCUGAGUAAUGGUUUGGUGGUCUGCUGUUGAUCUGAUCCAGAUUUCUGAUCCCACCCAGCAUUAUUGGACAAGAAUAUUCAUCAGUGUAUCAGUGAGAUGUACUGAGAAUGGCACCAUGCAACCUGCAUUGUCCACAGAAAGGGCUGAGUCUUCUCUAUGACAAUGCCCAGGAGGCUGCACCUUGCACAGCCAACACUUCAGAAGGCAAAGGAAUUGAGCUAUGAAGAAAAGCCUCUCUACCAUAUUCAUCCGACUUCUCUUCAACCAACUACUGCUCAAUCAUCUCAGUAACUGUUUGCAAGAUAAAUACUUUCGUAGUUGGGAGGAUGCAGGAAGUACUUCCAACAAUCCUUCAAAUCUUGAAGAAGGACGAUAAAGACUACGCUUUAAAACAAAUAGAAGGAACUGGAAUCUCUAUGUCAGCAUGCAGAGAGAUAGCAUUACUUCGAGAGCUUAAGCACCCAAACGUCAUCUCUCUUCAGAAGGUGUUUCUGUCUCAUGCUGAUCGGAAAGUAUGGCUUCUCUUUGACUAUGCUGAACAUGACCUCUGGCAUAUAAUUAAGUUUCACAGAGCUUCAAAAGCCAACAAGAAGCCAGUUCAGUUACCUCGGGGAAUGGUGAAGUCACUGUUGUACCAGAUCCUAGAUGGGAUUCAUUAUCUUCAUGCCAACUGGGUGUUACACAGGGAUUUGAAACCUGCUAAUAUUUUAGUUAUGGGUGAAGGUCCUGAGCGAGGAAGAGUAAAAAUUGCUGACAUGGGCUUUGCCCGAUUAUUUAAUUCACCUUUGAAGCCUUUAGCAGAUUUGGAUCCAGUGGUUGUAACAUUCUGGUACCGAGCUCCAGAAUUACUCCUUGGAGCACGACAUUAUACCAAAGCAAUUGAUAUUUGGGCUAUAGGGUGUAUAUUUGCAGAACUACUAACGUCAGAACCAAUAUUUCACUGUCGACAAGAGGACAUCAAAACUAGUAAUCCUUAUCACCAUGACCAGCUGGACAGAAUAUUCAAUGUAAUGGGAUUCCCUGCAGAUAAAGAUUGGGAAGAUAUAAAAAAGAUGCCCGAACAUUCAACAUUAAUGAAAGAUUUCAGAAGAAAUACGUACACCAACUGCAGCCUUAUCAAGUAUAUGGAAAAGCAUAAAGUUAAACCUGAUAGUAAAGCAUUCCACUUGCUUCAGAAGUUGCUCACUAUGGACCCAAUAAAGCGAAUUACCUCAGAGCAGGCCAUGCAGGACCCCUACUUCCUAGAAGACCCACUUCCCACAUCAGAUGUUUUUGCCGGUUGUCAGAUCCCUUACCCCAAACGAGAAUUUUUAACAGAAGAAGAACCCGAUGACAAAGGAGACAAAAAGAACCAGCAGCAGCAGCAGGGCAAUAACCACACUAACGGAACUGGCCAUCCAGGGAACCAGGACAGCGGCCACACACAGGGGCCACCCUUGAAAAAAGUGAGAGUUGUCCCUCCUACCACUACCUCAGGUGGACUCAUCAUGACCUCCGACUAUCAGCGUUCCAAUCCACAUGCUGCUUAUCCCAACCCUGGACCAAGCACAUCACAGCCCCAGAGCAGCAUGGGAUACUCAGCUACCUCCCAGCAGCCUCCACAGUACUCACAUCAGACACAUCGGUACUGAGCCGUGCUGGAGUCUGUCAGUGCACUGUUGCUCAUGCUGCAGCCCUCUGCGGGAACCUGGUGUGGGCCAUGAGAAUGUACUGUACAACCACAUCUUCACAAUGUCCAGUAGCCAAGUUCCACCAGUUGUCACAGAUUGGGGUGGUAGCUUCCAGGUUGUACCUAAGUUUGGAGUUAGACUUGAAAAGAAAAGUGCUAGCACAGUUGUGUUGUGGGUUUGCUACUUCCAUAGUUUACUUGACAGGGUUCAGACUGACCAAGCAUAGUUUUCAGUGACAGUCUGUAGCAGUUGAAGCUGUGAAAUGUCCUCGUGUGUGGUGACUUUGAGUGUAACAGCGUUAUCUGACCAAUAGGACACAGACGUAAGGUUUAACUGGUACUUGAAACACAGAUUAUGUUAACAGAAUAACUGAGACUUAAAAGAUUAUUUUGGUACACCUUUCUUUUUAGUGUCUUAUCAGUGGGUUGAUUCAUCUUCUACAGAAAUCAGUGUUUUAUGACCAAGAAUAUUGCUUGGAUUAUUUUGAAAGUACAAAAGAACGACAUAGUUUCUACUGACAGGUUUCAGAACUCCCAAAGAUUAAUUUCCAACUUAGAGGUUUGUUUUUAUUUUCAACCUAUGACUUGACUGGUCUUAAAGCUGCUAUUUGAUAGUAAUUAAAUAUGUUGUCAUGAUAUAAACCUGUUUGGUUCAGCAAACAAACUAAAAUGAUUGUCACAGACAGUGUUUUAUUUUUCUCGUUGGUGUUGCUGAUUUGUGAGCAUGCUUUCAGAUGAAAAAAGCAUGAGUGAUAACCUCCUUAAAAAGGCACGGCAUCCAAUUCACAUUCUUUUGUCCUGAUUUUAAAGCUGGUUAGUGUAGUGUUAUUAAAAUUUUAUUCAGUUGACUUUCUUUUUAAGAAGUUGUUCGCACAUUUUUUUAGGGUGCCCUUACUUCAGCAAAGGAGAAGGAGUAGGAGAGCCUUAGAAUUUUUGAGGGGAAAAUAAAAAGCUAUAACAUACAACGUACUGUAUCAAACUAUUUUACAUGAAUGACACAAGUAUUCUGAAUAAAAAAUUGAACAUUGUUAAAAACAAGGUGUUAUGUAAUAAAUUUAUUUUUCAUAAAUCAA